AUGAGAGAAUCCAACUUUUCUUUUCCCGCACAAAAUCGUGCAUGUGUUUGCAUUACUUCGGCUCUCUACGACCGAAGAGCGCUAGAUUGCACGGCCAUCUUACCUUUAAUAAACUCUCUGACACAUCUCACAUACCUGACGAGUACAUCUCCUCGCAUUCGUGAAAUUUUAACCAUGGAUGGUGGGUUGGAGCGUUUGGUUCGCAUACUGAAAACUACCAAAGCAAAUGACAAACGAAGUGGUUGGAAGUGGUCGAUGGCAUUUCAAUGUGUCGCCAAUGUUGGAGUACGUGGCUCUGAAGCUAUCAGAACAAGGGUGGUGGAAGCUGGUAUGGUACCGGUUAUUAUCACGGUUUUGGACAAUUUUUUGAAGGCUUUAGAUCAAGUUAGACCGGAGAAAGAGCAAGCCGUAGCAGCACAUCCACUAAAUUCCCAACAGCCACUUAUUUCAACGUCACCAUCACCAUCUGCACCACUCGCUGCCCCCUUCGUUGGUACUGUAGAAACUGGUAAUUCGUCAACUCUUAUUCAGAUGUCUGAGAAUUUAGAACAACCUUUCACUUCUUAUCCACACUCACAAAUUGAUACUACUACUAUCUCAAUAACUUCCAAUACACCUGAAUAUUUCAAUUCAAAUGAAACUAACACACACGUCGAUGACGUUGAACAACGCGCACCUUCAAAUCAAAACCUUCCAUCAGCCAUCGCUUCCACAAGUAGGUUAUUGACAGCUUUAAAUCCUAACGCCACAACAACCACAUCAACUACCUACGACAUCAGGUCAUCAUCAGACGAUGCAAGAUCAGACGUGGCUUCAUGGGGCUCCAAAUACACCCAUCGUCUUCACCCUCAAGAAAUUCAGUAUUGGGCGGGCGUAAUUAUGCGUAAUGCUUGCAGAAAAGAUGAAUCUCGUGGUGGAAUUCGCCAGUGUGCUUACAUGGCUUGCGGUAAAUGGGAAAGUUAUGCCAGAGAAUUCGCUAAAUGUCGAAGGUGCCGUAAAGCAAAAUAUUGUUCAAAAACAUGUCAAUCGAAAGCAUGGAGUGAAGGUCAUAGAUGGUGGUGUAUGGAAAGACAUGGACACGGGGAAUCCGAUUCUAAUAAUCAUCAAAACUCACAGUCAAACAAUCAAACGGGGACGGCAACAACCACAGCAACACCACCCACGUCAGCCACUGUAAUGACUGCUGGCCAUCGGUCACGCAAUGGCAAUUACAGCCACAUUACCGACAAUCUUAUCGCAAGGUCUACUGUUACCCACGAAAGUACGGAAAUGCCAUCCUCAGGAACUUCGUCCGAUAAUACUAAUCAUAAUCGCAGAUCCGGUUCUGGUUCCUCGCUUUUGGUUUCGUGA